AUGUACCCCCGCAGUGUGGGCUCCGGGAUCAGAACCUCCGCCGCCGCCCCCCGCCAGGCCCGCGACCCCUCCGUGCGGCGUCCGGAGCCUGACCCGCUGCAAGGCCCGGGACCGGCUUUGGAGGCAACUCCCGAGAACCCCUCGCGGGAGAGACCGGGGCAGACGGGCGAGAGCCACACAGUUGCUCUGCACCCUUCCCGGCAGCGUCUGAGCGGUCCAGGCCGCUCGUGCCAGCCGUCCCCGCCCAUGUGGAGCUCCUCUGUUGGCCAGCUGCUGCCAGAAGACUCCCAUUGCCCUAGCCAAGGCUUCCUCAGGACUGGACAGCAGCAGCCUGAGGCUCUCCCCUUCCAUAGGUGUUGGACCUGCUCUGGUUCUCAAGGCUGUCCCUGCCGACUCCUGCUCGUUCCCCUUUUCUCCGUCACAGGCAUUCCCCCAGCAUUAGUAGUUUCUCAUGAUAAUAAGCAAUUUUUUUGUCUUCCUUCUAGCAUAGGUGCAUACACCUUGAUAGCACCAAAUGAAAAUCGAAGAAGUCAGCUGCAAAGAAUUGCUGAGAAAGAGCUGGAGAACCUGGAGAAAUGGAAGGAGCAACAUAGAGCGAAGCCAGUUAACCUGGUACCAAGGCGGCUAGGUGGAAGCCAAUCAGAGGCUGAAGUGAGGCAGAAACAACAACUUCAGCUGAUGCAAUCUAAAUACCAGCAAAAGCUAAAAAGAGAAGAGGCUAUAAGAAUCAAGAAGGAAGCUGAAGAAGCUGAAAUCCAACAAAUGAAGGCAAUUCAGAGAAAGAAGAGCGAAAAACUAGAAGAGAAAAAAAGACUUCAAGAAAACCUCAGAAGAGAAGCAUUUAGAGAGCAUCAGCAAUACAAAACUGCCGAGUUCUUGAGCAGACUGGAGACAAAUCUGCCACAUAGAAGUACCCGUCAAAUUGCUUGCCAUGACCCACAGUCUUCAACUUGGAAACUUCCUGCUCUGCCUAUGGAUCACAGCUGGGCCAGAAGCCAGGCUUAUAAGGAUUCUCUAAAGGAGGAAGAAAAUCGAAAGUUACAGAAGAUAAAGGAAGAACAACGACAGAAGAGUGAAUUACUGGAAUUUAAGCGACAGCAGGAGGAGGAAGAAAGAGCCAGAACCCACCACGAUGAGCACAGGAGGGUAAAUAAUGUUUUUCUGGACCGACUCCAAGGCAAAAGUCAACCAGGUGGCCUGGAGCACUCUGGCGGCUAUUGGAAUAUGAAUAGUGGUAACAGCUGGGAUAUAUGAGAAAUAUUUACUUACAUCUGGCCUUCAUCAACUGACCUUGAAAACCCCAAUGAGAUGCUUUUUGAAAAUGCAAUUUUGUUUACCUUCAGCGCUUUUACCUUGACUUCAACUGCCCACCCACACAGCUGAGCAGCCGAGAUGAAGGGGUUCCCCCUGUCAUUGUUUAUGCGUGUUUGCAGGAGCCAGUUACUGAACUCAUAUUUAAUCUCUACUGCCAGUGAAAUGUUAUAGUAUUUUUCUAAUUGGUUUUGUCUCUUAUUGGAAGUAUAAUUACAGAAAUGUUAAUAAGAGAGAAAUGAGAGAAUCAUUUGAUGCUUUCAGGUUAGUGGGAGUUAUGGGUGCUGCAUGCUUGUCUCUUUAAGCAGCUAAUUCUCAGACCAGGUUUAGGGAAGCUUUGACAUCUUUUUUAGAUUUUAGUCCCUACUUUCUCAAUUCAGCAUAUAAACAUGAGCAAAAGAAAAAAUAAAAUUUUAAUCUCUUUUAAGCAAAUUUAUAAAUAAAUUUUG